UAGCCGUUAGCUUGACGGCGAGGCGGGAGCGGGACAGCGGGACGACACUCAGCUGACAGCGGGGCUAGAGGGCUCUUCCACCGGCUCGGUUACCUGAACUCUCCCGGUUCCUCUGCUCGCUCCUCCGUGGUUCUCUACCUCGCUGGACUUCUUCCUCCACCGGACGUCUUCUCCUGUGUGUGUCCGAGGGAAACACACUGCGAGCCCGGGACCAUGCUGACGUUAUCCGGAGGCUGUCUUCGCCUUUGUUUGUUGACUGUUUUCUGGGGAACUUGCUCGCUGGUGAACGGUGAAGGUCUCGACGCGGAUGCUUUCACCAUCCAGCACCUCGGCACAGGGAAGUGCCUCACCCCCGGGCCCUCAGCAGAACUGAACCUCACCACCUGCGAUGCACACAGCAAGUCCCAGAUGUGGAAGUGGGGCUCGGGUCACCGGCUCUUCCACGUGGCCUCGUCCUCCUGCCUGGCGUUGCAGGUACACUCCAAAACGCUGACCCUGGUUGACUGUGGCGCCAACAUCCUGCUGUGGUGGCGCUGCCUGGACGGGGCUGUUUACACCGUCUAUCAGAUGGGCCUGGCGCUGAGCGGAGGCCAAGUUGUCACCAAACGGGACAUUAAUGAUUCGUGGGUGAGAGGAGGGUCGCAGGACGACAUCUGCCACAGGCCGUACCGUGUCGUCCACACCAUCAACGGGAACUCUGCUGGUAACCCAUGUGACUUCCCCUUCAAAUUCAACGGCAGUUGGCAUCAUGGCUGCCUCCCCGAUGCAGAUUCCCCUGGAUUGUCCUGGUGUUCCACCUCCCCCGACUAUGACCAGGACAGAAAAAAGGGCCAGUGUCUGACACCAGAGGAGGGAUGUAAGACUCUGUUUGCCGGGCCAGAAGGGGAAUUCUGUUACGAGUUUGUCACCAGUGCGGCUGUGACCUGGCAGGAUGCUCUGGCUUCGUGUCGCAGUCAGGGGGCCGAUCUGUUCAGCCUGACGGGGCUCGACGAUCUCAAUUCCAAAACUCUGUUGGACGGCCUUGGCAGAAUGCCUGAGAGGAUGUGGAUCGGCCUGCACCAGUUAGACAUGUCUCAGGGCUGGCAGUGGUCGGAUGGCUCACCGCUCUCCUUCCUGCGCUGGGAACAAGGAAUGCCAUCCACCAGCGCACUGGUAGAGUCAGACUGUGGAGUCCUGAACUCCAAGCAGAACUUUGAAUCUGCAGAGUGCAACAAACGUCUGCCGUACGUCUGCAAGAAGAGCGUCAAUGCCUCCAGCACAGCAGCCACAGAGUCUCCUGUCUAUACAGAAACAGUGUGUGCUGUCGGCUGGGUCCCGUGGAACGGCUGGUGUUACAAGUUGGUGAAGGAUGAGCCACGAAACUUUACAGACGCCCAGCAGCACUGCAACAAAACUGAGGGAGGAGGAGAAGGCUUCCUGGCCAAUCUCCACUCCAUUGACAGCAAAGAGAUGAUCAGCACAAAUUUUCAUGCUGAUGGCAAGUUCUUGGAUGUGUGGAUCGGUCUCGUCGGUAUCAACGUGAACCAAACGACGGUCUUCAAGUGGUCUGACCAGGCACCUGCCACCUUCACCUUCUGGGGCCAAAAUGAACCAGUCCAGCCCAUUUACGACAACAGCUGCGUGUUCUACUCUGGAGAGUCUCACGGGUGGCGGGUUGGGAGCUGUGCAGAGAGGCUUCCUUUUUUGUGUCAGACAAAAGGAAAGGUCGGGGAUUCAGCGACACCGGCUUCAUGUCGCUCUGAAGAUGGUUGGAGGCGACAUGGCUUUUCCUGUUAUCAACUGAACACCAAGCAAGUCUCCUUCAAAGAUCGCUGUAACAUCACCAUAAGAAACAGAUUCGAGCAGGCCUUUAUCAACAGUCUUCUCAGAGAGCACAUCAGUGAGGAACCUCGCUAUUUUUGGAUGGGCCUGCAGGACAUUAAGAACACUGGAGAGUACCAGUGGUUGAGCCAGGACGGGUCCCCAAGUCUGUUAACAUACACCAACUGGGGCUGGUUCGAACCAGAUCAGCAUGGCCGUUGUGCUGUGAUUUCCACGGCCCGCCCCCUGGGCAAGUGGGAAGCGAAGAACUGCACCCUCUUUAAGGCCGGCACCAUUUGUAGAACUGACAUCGGUCCAGUCCCACUCCCCCCCGCCGAGCCAGAGCUGAACCCCAACGCCAGCUGUCCGACCGGAUGGGUGUCCAGAGAAGACAAGAAAUACUGCUACAAGGUGUUCCAUGAGGAGCGGCUGAGCAGAAAACGCUCCUGGGAGGAAGCCGAGCGGUUCUGUCAGGCCUUGGGAGCCAACCUGCCCAGUUUCACCAAUAAUGCAGAGAUGAUGGCCCUGCACAGCAGCAUCAGAGAAACAAUCAGUAAUAAUCGCUUGUUCUGGGUCGGCCUGAACAGGAGAAACCCAUCCGAUCAAUCCUGGGUGUGGAGCGAUGGCCGGCCUGUAUCUCGGGAGGUUUUAUACGACCAGUUCCAUGAGGAUGAUUCAUACAGUCGGGACUGCACUGCAUUCAAGACGAAAAGGACCCAAUUGAAACACAUUUUUCUGCCGACGGCCCAUAGCAUACGUUUCUAUCCCGUACCAUUUCACUGUGAUGCCAAGCUGGAGUGGGUCUGCCAAAUACAGAGAGGAAAGACUCUAAAGAAACCGGACUGGUACAAUCCUGGGGGACACCAUGAGACCUCUAUCUUCGUCGAUGGAGCAGAGUUUUGGUUCGUUCAGGAGCCGAAGCUAGCCUAUGAGGAGGCGGGGCUCUACUGCGCUGCGAAUGGCAGCAAACUGGCUUACCCAGUUAAUUCCAGAGCCGCCUUACAGAUCCACCAGUACCUGAAAAAUAUAUCGAGUUCUCCUCAGCAGAACUGGUGGCUUAAUUUGACCCAGCCUGGGCGGAUAUUCCCCAUGACGUUCAACCAGAUGUUCUUUUACCAUUCCAUUUUCCUGGACAGAUGCAUCUCCUUGAGUCCUGGUGUCAACUUGCCCAACCACCAACUGAGUUGCCAAAAGCCGUUGUCCUUUGUGUGUGAGAGACACAACAUCACAUCAGUGGAGAUACAACCUCUGGAGCCUCAUUCUGGAGGUUGGCCCUGUGGAAAUGACUCUAAAUCCUUCAGAAACAAGUGCUACACCGUGAUGAGCAGCACCAAGCCUGUGUCAUUCAGUUAUGCCAAUGAGGAAUGUCAGUCGGUGAGAGGAACCCUGGUCACAAUAUCAGAUCAGGUGGAGCAAGAUUUCAUCACCUCAAUGUUGCCGGACCUGAGAAAUAGGUAUAGGAUCUGGAUUGGUCUGAAAAUCAUACACAAGGACCCUGAGUGGGUGGACGCGUCUCCAGUCAACUACCUGAACUUUAACCCCCUGCUCCUGGGCAUGCACAAGGCCAUACACAUCACUACAUGGGAUCAAGAGACUUUGGAUAUGUGUGUGUAUUUGAUCAAUAACCCCAACUCUGCCAUGCUGGGUACCUGGGAUUACACUUCCUGUGCAGAGUUUGAGAAUGUGGCUAUUUGCCAACACUAUGCAGAUAAAGUCGAGGAGCCCUCAGUCCAAUCAGAGCCUUUCAACAUCGGGAACCACACCGUCCAGCUGCUGGUCCAAAACCUCACCUGGUUUGAGGCCCUGGAGCAGUGCAGAACUCGGAACAUGGACCUGGCGAGCGUGGCCGACACUUUCUUCCAGUCCUCUCUCACCGUGCACGUGAGCCGAGCACGCACGCCCAUGUGGAUCGGCCUCUUCAGCGAAGAUGAUGGGACCCACUACCGCUGGACCGACCACAGCCACACGGUGUUCAACCGCUGGUCGUCUGACGUCACCAGUGGCUCCUGCGUCUACCUGGACACCGACGGCUUCUGGAAAGCCACGGAGUGUGAGGAGGAGCUUGGAGGCGCCAUCUGCCACAAAGCACACAAGGAAACCAUCAUCACACCGGAGGAUGUUGCAGUGAAAUGCCCCCAUAAGAUCAAUGGUCCGAACUGGGUUCCCUUCAAGAACAACUGCUACUCCUUCCAGCUGGUCUCCUCCCGAUGGGACCAGGUCGACCAGGAGCAGCCUCAAGACACCUGCAAAAAACUUGAUGCACAGAUCCUCACUAUACGUAAUGUAGAGGAGAAUGAGUUCAUCAGGCAGCAGCUCUUACCGUUCCAAUCCCUGGCCCAGUUUGUUUGGUUGGGCAUGUUUCAAGACCACAACGAAGACGUGAUGAAGUGGUAUGACGGCACAAAUGUCCAAUACUCCAACUGGUCGAGUGGCAGACCAGUUGUAACCGGACCGUUCUUGGCAGGAAUCAACCCUGAGGGCAACUGGCUUUUCAUCCAACACCAACCCCUUUUCAUUCAGUUCAAACAAAGGAGCAUAGUGACCUGCAAACUGGACAAUGAACCAAAACAGGAGUACAACAAUUCAGCCGUGGAUCUCCGGCAUUACGGUGACCUGACGUACAGUGUGGUGACCCGCAAGUUAACUUGGUACCAGGCCCUGGAAGAGUGUGGUGAGCGUGGAGGUCACCUGGCAAGCGUCCACGACCUCCAGCACAACGCACACGUGAAGCUCAUCGCCAAGACAGACGGCUUCCCGCUCUGGAUCGGCCUGUCCAGCCAGGACGUGACCGGCUCAGCCUACGAGUGGUCUGAUGGAACCAGGGUUGACUACAAAGCCGACCUCUCCGACUCAGACCAGGUCUCGAGCUCCUAUAAACAAGAGGCCAUCUGUGUGGUUGUAACCCCCGCUGGCGCCUGGGUGAAGACCAGCUGCGAUGCGCUGGUAGAUGGAGCCAUCUGCUACUCCACCAGCGUCACCACCUCCUCCCAGAGAGCCAGACUGCCGGGGGGGCCGGGGUCCAAUCGCUGCCCUCAGAGCGACGACGCAUCCAAAGGGAAGUCGGACUGGGUCCAGCAUCAGGAUCACUGCUACGCCUUCGACAUGAGCUUCUACAACUACAGCGUCUACAGCAUGGAGAAGGCCAGCAGCAUCUGUCAGAGCAUGGAUGCUAAACUGCUGACCAUAAAAACCAAGGAAGAGAACGACUUUGUGUCAAAGUUCAUCACUGACGACCCGCUCAUCACUGGCCGGGUGUGGCUCGGGAUGGACAUGGACACUCAAGGUAAGCCGGCUUCCUGGCAGGAUGGCUCCUCUCUGGAUUAUUCGAACUGGAAGCCUGAGGCCUUGCUUACUGGGAAGAAUUCGGCGCCCCACUGUGCCGUCAUGAUGGCCGGGGAUGAAGGGAUCUGGAACUUUGUCAGCUGCCAGACGAGCAACAGUCGUGUUGUCUGCAAAACCGAAGCCAGCUCUGGAGGCGCUCCCGUGGCGCUGGGUUUCUUCAUCAUCAUCCUCAUCGCUCUUCUCGCCGUCAUCGGCUUCAUCGUCUACAAGAAGAGAAGAUCUCUCUCCUCCUCCACCGUCCGCUACGAGAGGACGCUGGACGAGUUCGACACCACCAGUAUUAUCACGGACAGGGACUGAGCUGAAGGCCACAGCCUCAGGGAGCAGAGGAGCCGGCCUUGUGUCUGUUUUAGUACUUUUAAGAAAGAGCGAAUUCAGUUUCCGCCCCUCCCCUUUUUUUUAAAUUAUUUAUUUUUUCCCGCUCGAGCUAUUGCGCUUUCUAGAUUUCUGUUUUAAACUGUAAAUAUUGUUUGUGAAUAUCAGUUUUCUUCAUUUGGGAUAUUUUAGAUGCUGAAUGUAAAUACUCCGGCUGAUUCUCCGCGGUGAGGGACGAUCGGCGACGUUAGUGAGAUGUUUUCAAUUCAUUUAGGCUGUUUUGUUUUUAGACCUUUAGAAAAGAUUUUGAGACGAUUCACAGAAAUAUGCAACGAAUAGACUAAACCUGUCUUACACUCCCGUUCAGCCUGAAGAGGGUUAAACUGCACUGAUGUACGAGAGGCCCCGAACUCAGCAGUUAUUUAUUUAUAGUAAACAAACUAUUUGUUAUACGACAGUUCACCAGAAAGUAAAGUUUUUGUACUUUAAAUGUUUUAUAUAUUUUCACCUUUAAAUAAUCGCUGUCGACGGCGUGAGGAUUCGUUCUCUUCCAAAGUUCGGCCCCAAAAGAAACUCAGGUUUGGGAAUUCUGUUCCAAAGUUUAAUUGUAUUUGGUGAGAAAGUAUCUUGAUUGUAUGAGGGAGUAUUUGGGCCUAAUGGAAAAGAAAAUUGGAGAUUUCGAGAAUAAUGUCGUAAUUUAAUUAGAAAACUAAAAAGUUAUAAUAGAAGAAUAAAGACAUCUUUUGGGAAAUAAGCAACAAGGAGAACGAAUCUUAUUGUUUCACACAGAUGUAACAAACAUUAAGUUUUAAAGUCGACCACUACCAAACUUUUCCUCCUCCACAAAAGAGUCAAAUUUCCUCCAAGUCCGUGGUUCUUUCUUCAGAAUAGACUCAAGUUCUUUCACUGAUUUUUAGAAUCUUAAGAUGGGGUUUUGUUAUUUUUUUAAUCUUAAGUAGAACUUACUUUCUCGUAAUAUUAUAAUAAUAAAUACGUAAUAUAACAACUUUACUUUCUUAAAUUUCCAACUUUUCUUCGAGGUAAAACUAUGACAACUUUGUAUAUUAUUACAGCUUUUAAUAUUAUGACUUUAUUCUUGAAAUCUCAGAUUUUUUUCUUUCCAUGAAGUAAACCCGAUACUCCAUCGUAUUCCUGAGAAACUGCGCUGUCGUCAAUUUUAAUAGAACUGUCUGUGCCUUUUUAAAAUAAGCAGAAACACGUCUCACUGAUUGUGCCUUUUUAACGUCAUAAUUUGCAAAAGAUCAUGUGUUUCUAAGCCACUGGAUUAUUCUUAAUUCACCUGAUUUAUUAAUAACUGAAACGAUGUUUUUCAUUGUUCUGAUUCUGGUUCUGCUGAUGUGCCACAGAAUCUUAGCCUGAAAAUGAACCGGCGGGUUUGUCCGAUUUCUGUUUUGUAAUUGCUCUCGGAUCUGACUUUACUAUGCACUCGACUACUGAGCAAGAUCGCACUUUAAUUUGUCGUGGAGCUUCAGUUCCGACUAUGUCUAAGCACAAUGAGGUUUUGAAGAGUUUGUUUUCUUCUUGGAAUUGCACUGGGUUUUUUUGUUCUGUAAAAGCUUUGUAAUUAUGUGAUGCUUGUUUUGUAACAAGGACGAACCAAAGAUGCUCUGACUGGUUUGAAUGUCAAGAGUUUUUCUCUGUUUGUGGAAAAGCCUGAAUACGGCUCGUACAUACAAGGUGUGAACCAAAUGUUAAAGGUGGGUGUAUUGUUUUUUUUAAUUCUUUCCCACCACUUCUUAACAGAUCUAUCGGCUCAAAUCAGGUACAACAUCCUUCUAAUAAAAUGACCUGUCUUCAA